AUGGACACGCGACUGACAUGUAAUGACCCUGGGAGCCAGACCGAGGUGGACACGACCGUCUUCCGGAGCACCAACAUCAAGACGGACGGCCUGGGCAGGACCAACAAGAACGGCAGGAACACGGUGGACAUGAUCGACCUGGCUAUGGCGCAGUCCGGCAACGCGCUGCCGCAGGUGUCGGACGGCGGCUCCAUCCAGGGCGUCUUCCACAUCGUCACCACCGACGGCGCCGGCCCGCUGGACCCGAACGCGACCGGGGCCUUCUCCAAGGGCGUCCUGCUCAACGUCGACCAGCAGGUGCCCGGCAGGAACGGCAACAUCCGCGCGAGCCGGAACAACAACAACAAGCGGACCCUGCUCGAGCGCGCCUGGGACGCCCUGGCAUCGACCGGCCUCAUCGUGAAGCGCGCCGCCCACGUCAACACAGACCAUCCCGUCAAGUUCACCAUCCCGGCGGGGACCAAGUGCACAGGUACCAUCAAGGACCAGCAAAACGUCUGCCUGGUCAAGAUUGCCGACAGCAACCCGGCGGGCCCCUUUGGCGGCAUGGUUGCGAUCCAACAGGCGCCCCAGGGAGGUGCUGGCGGCACCGCUCCUGCUUCGCCCGCCUCGGGAAAGCCCGCCCGCCGCGCUCCUGACGUGGCGCCCGAGGUUGCUCACGAUUGCCCCGGAACCCCCGCUCCGCCAGGAGGUGAGAAGCGGGCGGUCGAGUGGUCUGCUUAA